CGAACAAGCCAGCACUGGAUUGGAUGGUCAACACAUCGAUGGAACUAAGGGCUUACUAUAGUAGCAGUACUGCCCCAUAAUCAGAUGCCUGACUGCCGUCGACAUAAACCCAAAAGAUGGCCGCAAGCUGUCUUGUUUUAUCGUCCUUGUUCCCGUCCAAUACCUCAUCAGUGGUGCGCAUCCGUUCAAUAGCCCGUGUUUGGUUUGCCGACUAGUACUUGAUACUUAGUAGCGAACAUCCUUCUUUAAGCAAUACGACUACUACUAGUAGUACUACUUGCCCCUCGAUCAACGGACCUAGUGCUCUUACCAAACCCCGCUCCCAAUCUCGUCAACAUGCCCAUCAACUUCCACCUCAGCGCAAGCGAAGCCGCCACGCGUGCCGCUGCAGCGAACUUCGCUGAGCACAUCCUCAAGCCAGCGCGGGCCGAGUACCUCCAGCACGAGGAGCACCACAGGCGGUUCCAGGCCACGCAUCCGGCCUAUGUCGCCGCCGUGCAGGGAGGCCUGCUCAAGGGUCAGAUCUCGCCGGCGCACGGGGGCAGCGGCGGGAGCCUGGUCGAGACAGCCAUCAUGGUGGAGGAGUGCUACGCCGUCGAGCCGUCCACGGCACUCACCAUCUUCGCGACCGGGCUGGGGCUGACCCCGCUGAACAUAGCAGCGGGCAAGGCCGGGCAGCACGCCGAGUUCCUCGCUCCCUUUCUCCGCGGUGAGGGCGCGCCGCUGGCGUCGCUAGUGUUCAGCGAGCCGGGGGGAGUCGCCAACGCGAUGGAGAAGGGCGUGCGGGGUUUCCAGACCACGGCGCGUCGCGACGGCGACGAGUGGGUUAUCGACGGCGAGAAGAUGUGGGCGACUAACUGUGCCGGGUGGGAUUUCAAGGGGUGCGACCUGGCCUGUGUUGUCUGCCGCGACGUCACAGAGGGCAUAUCGAAGCCCAACGGCGACCCGAAGGACAGCGUCAUGAUCAUCCUGGUAACGCGCGCCGAUCUCGACCGCAGCGGGCCCGGCGCGUUUGAGGUCCUGCGCCACAUCUCCACGCCGGGCCACACGUCGGUCUCGGGACCUCAUGUCCGGUACACCAAUGUCCGCGUGCCGGCCAAGAACGUUCUCUGUCCGCCGGGGCAGGGUGCGCAGGUUGCCUUCGCCUCGUUCGACGCCAGCGCGGUCCUCGUCGGUGCCAUGGGCGUUGGGGUCAUGCGCGCGGCGUUCGAUGCGGCGCUGGCGUUUGCCAAGCGCGACUCGCGCAACGGCGCGGUGCCGUUGCUGGAGCGACAGGCCUUUGCGGACCUGCUGUCGGGCGUCAAGAUGCAGACCGAGGCAGCGCGGGCUCUGACCUGGAAGGCAGCUCAUGCCAUGGAACAUGGUCCGGGGAACUAUGAUGCCCGAAGGGAGUUGGCUCUGGCCGCCAAGGUCUACUGCAGCGAUGCCUCUGUACAGGCCUGCAUGGAUGUCAUCAACGCCGUGGGAGUGACGGCGUAUGACCUGAGCCAGCCCUUCGCGGAAUUGCUGAACACCGCAAUAGUGCUGCCCAUCUUCGAUGGCGGCAAUGUCGGCAUCCGGAGACGCCACCUGCAGCAGCUUAUGCUCUCGCCAACAUACGAUGCGUGGGCUGCCACUUUCGGGCCAUCAUCAGGGAAGCAGUGAGACGGAAGGCGUGGAAACGGACAGGAUCAAGAAACGUCGAGGAGUGGAUUGACCCAGUUGCCUUACUAUUUCAUGCUCGCGAGCAGUCAAUUGAGAAGACGGCAUUUGAGGGGUCGGGCAGCAUCGGGAUUGCACGAUGACCGGGUCACCGGGAGAAUGAGCUGCUGCCUGGAGAAGCUGAAAAGUUAAAACUCAGUUUGAUGCAUCAUGCAUCGACACUAUUGAUGACCCGCACACGGGACGCGCUGGCCCCUGUGCUGGGUAGGCCGAGUUCGCUUACAUUCACGCCCGAGCUCAUGCAACUAAGGUAGCAAUAGGUACCUAAGAAUGCCAAGUUGACGCGACAGCACGUGCACCUUUUUCCUGACCACUAACCGCUGC